CACAUUUUGCCCUGGUUAUCUCCGACGGACGCAGGGAAGUACUAAAAAAUGGGGUUGGUUUUUUUCCCAGCCAUUCCUCCUUCAAACCUAAUCCCAAUUCCUCUCUCUCCCUCACCCGUCCUUCGAACACCACCCCUCCCCCACCCUCGACGCCCGUCCUCGCCGCUAGCCGCGCCGUCCUCUCCAGCCACGCCAGACCCUCCAGCCGCGCCAGGCACGCCGUUCCGCCCAGCCGCGCCAGCCACACUGUCCCCCAGCCGCACCGUCCACCAACGUCGCCACCCCUCGUCGCCGCCGCUAGUACUCCACUGCCAGCCGUCUCUUUUCCCCCGCCGGACCUCAUCUUCUUCUUUUCCUUGAACUUGAAGGUAUUUUUGUUUAAUUUUAUACAAUUUAUUAUUAUUGUAAUUUUUGGUGAAAUUGAAUUUGUUUGUGUGAAAUUGAGUGCAUUUUUGGUGAAAUUUAGUUGAAAUUGUGUGAAUAUGAGAUGAAAUUGUCAUAAAAUUGAGUAAAAAUUGCAUUACUUUUUGGUGAAAUUGAUGGCAUUUAAGGUUUAAUUUUAGUUGAAAUUGUGUUAGUGAAUUUGACGUUUAUGAAGAUUUAGGUAAAAUUUAGUUGAAUUUUGUGAAAUUGAGUGCAUUAUACGUUCAUAACUGUAGUUCAAGAUGACUAUUGUGUUUCGAGAUUUGCAUUUGAGGUUAAUUUAUUUUAUUGAUAAGACUUUUUCAACUAUUGCAGUGCGUCAAGAAGUUUGAUUCCUUCCUAAGGUCCCUAGUAGUGUUAGGAUUAAACUGAGUUCUGUUGUUGACUUGUUAUACAUUGUUUCAUUACUUUCAUAAUUCAUACAUGUGUACAUCUGUGCACUUUGUUUCCCAUUUUUUUCUAAUUUGUGAAGUUUUUAUUUUAAACUAUUGUGAAUACGCCUUCAAAAAAAAACUAUUGUGAAUACUUUCAGAGGGUUCUCAUCGUGGCCUUCCUUCGCUUAAAUAUGCCGCCUUGCUUCAACAAAGGCACUUGAAUGGUUGCAAUCAAAUUAGUGGAAGCCUCAAAAGGAUGCUAUUCGACUGGACCAGACCACCAUGUUUCAAAAAGAAACAAGGGACAAAUUACAUGAAUUGGCUUGUUGCGUUGAUGCCUUGUUAUUGAUCCAUGAUAAUGCUCAAUUCUUCGAACUUCGCGAGGAGGCUAGACAGAAAGGGCUGCAAGUCACCGACCAAGAAUUAUGGUACUCGCUAGUCGAGGGCCAUUAUGUGAAGAACUGCGUUCUUGGAGUUGGUGACUACGAGCGGGAAAUGAGGAAGAUAAAUCCGUCCUCUAAACCUCAUCGUUCCAGAUCGAGGAGCAGAAGUACAGUGCAGCGGAGAUGGCAGCACUUAAAGAGCAAAACCAAAUGCUGCAGGAACAAAUUGAUAGUCUAACCUCAAGCUUGUCGCUGAUGAUUCAGGAGGAGAUAAGGAAGCUAUAUGGUGGUAACCUUCCUCAACAAGGCAAUGAUGAUGGAACGGGAGGGGCAGGGCAGCACGGAUUUGUUGAGACCUUUACGACCUUAGCUUCCUCCAUUUUGAACACUUGACACUAACACUUUAAUAUUCAUUGUUAGAAUAUCAUGAAUUAUGUUAAGUGAAGUUUUCAUUAAUCUAGCUUUAAAUUAU